AUGAAUUAAUGCAUAUUAGUGCACCCCUGUUACCAAAAUAAUUUCAAUAAUAAACUCAUAAUUUUCAAACUCAGUUCAACAUUUAAUUUCCUUACAGUAUAUUUCUUUUUAAAUAGAUAUAAUAAGCUAUAAUGUGUGGGGAACUGGUCACUAUCACAGAAUAAAGUAGUAAAGUAUAAAAAAAAAAUGACCACCAGCAGUGAUGAGUACAGAAUAUUGCAUUUUUUGACUAUUUAUAAUUCAGUUACUGAUGAAGAAAACACUGAAAACUCGUAAAGCGGAGUAGAAAUCACAGGAAUUAUUGUUGCAAGUUGGUUUAUGCUUGAAUUCAGGACAUUUCAAUAAAGCACUCAGAACUGAGACUCUUAUAUGUUCAAGGUAGCUCAGCCUCACAGUAAAAAUACACCAAUGGCUACAUGGCACUGCGUCAUUGCUCAAGGUUUGCGCUCGCACGCCUCCUCAUCAUAUAAAAGCGUCUGGGCGUCUCGCGUUCACAGACCUGAGAGAGCAAGUUCAGAGCAGUGGCCAGUAUUUCACUAGCUUUCACCAAAUGUACAAAUGUGAAACACUUUACAAGGAACGCGCUAUUAAUUUGUCAUUCGUUAUUAUGUGUUGAUAUUUGACGACUACCAUGGAGGUUAAUACUACGCUAUCAGGGCGCAACUUCAUAGACUUGCGCAUCUUAACGCAGAAACUUCUCUCUUCGGCGAACCGGUCCCAGCAGAUCCUGGACAAUGAAACGGAGCUCGUCUCCGAAGAGGAUUUGGACGUGAAUACAGACAUCUAUUCUAAAGUUCUCGUCACUGUGAUUUAUGUGCUGUUGUUUGUAAUUGGGUGUUUGGGGAACUCGAUUACCCUGUACACACUUCUCACGAAAAAAUCUCUUCAAAACCUCCAGAGUACGGUGCACUAUCACCUGGCGAGUCUGGCCAUAUCCGACCUGCUCAUCUUGAUCCUCUGCAUGCCCAUCGAGUUAUACAACUUCAUCUGGGUUCAUCACCCGUGGGCUUUUGGGGAGGCUGUUUGUAAAGGGUACUACUUUCUGCGGGACGGCUGCUCGUAUGCCACGGCGUUCAAUAUCGCCAGCCUGAGCGUGGAGCGCUUCAUGGCCAUCUGCCACCCGUUCAAGGCGAAGAGCAUCAUGUCGCGGAGCCGCACCAAGAAACUCAUCAGCGCCAUGUGGGUCGCGUCUUUUCUCCUGGCCACUCCGAUGCUUUUCACCAUGGGACAGCGACUGACGCAGGAUGAAUUCAUAUGCACCACCAUCGUGUCCUCGAUAACUGCUAAAACCGUUCUACAGGUGAAUGCCUUUCUGUCCUUUGUGGUUCCCAUGGCACUGAUCUCUGCAUUAAAUGGAGUCAUAGCCAGUCAGCUGCUGCGCAUGUUUCGGGAGUCUGCCCAGGACAAUCGCAUCUGUAUCAUCGGAGGCAAUGCUACUAUGCUUAGCGUCGCUGUUGAACCCAACCGUGCCCAAUCAAUGCGCCAUGGAGUCAUGGUGCUGCGUGCCGUGGUCAUUGCUUUUGUGGUGUGCUGGUUGCCGUACCAUGCUCGAAGACUAAUGUACUGCUAUGUCACUGAAUGGACACAUGCUCUCUUCGAUUUCUACCACUACUUCUACAUGGUCACCAACGUGCUCUUCUACGUCAGCUCGGCCAUCAACCCCAUUCUCUACAACCUCGUCUCUGCAAACUACCGCCAAAUUUUUUUUUCCACGCUUCGCUACCUAAUCCUGCCGUGCCGCCAUAAUAAGCAGAAGCGCGUUCUUACCAGACACUCUAUCAGCAUCUGCAGCAACCAGACCUUCUCCACCAAUGUCAUCAAAGAAACCAUUUACUGAACACUGUCAAGAUUCAGUCAUUCCAUUCCUCUAUUUCACCCAGCCAAGGAGAAACCACUGAAGCGAAGCAUGUUUUCAUAUUGAGUUAUUAUUACAAGAAUUUAUUAUAUUCGUGCUACUGAAUUGCCAUAUGGAGCUUUUGUGCAUUGCAGAACUGGCACCAGAGACACUUACUGUUUAUGGGAGGAAAUGUAGCACAAAAUAUACACCAAAAACGAUGAAUAAUGAGCCAAAACAGUGUAAAUACAAAUGCACACACACACAUGCACACACAUACAUACACACACACACAUUAUAUAUAUAUUAUAUAUAUAUAAUAUAUUCAAAAUAUGAAAUAUAACGAUGUUGUGCAGCUAAAUGAGUGAAAAGAGAAAAAAAAUAUUAUGAAGGGAACAGACUGCAGACAGUUGCUGUUGUGUACACAGAGUCUUUAUAUCCAUCUGAUGUAAUUUACCAACACUGGAAUAACUGAACACAAGGACAUACACCACUUUGAAUUUUAUUUUAUUCACUGGCACUCAACAGGGAUAUUCAAAGUGGAGGCUGCUACAUUGUCAAAGAAGUGACUCUUGCUCGCAACACACCGAGACAUUGUCACCAUCCCGUAGCCUUAGCAACAGUCUACGUACAAAGAAAGCAGUGCUCUUGUGUGAAAACCGAAGAAGAAUGCUCUAUACCACAGGAUGACGGGUAUAAUUGAUUCUCUCAUUCUAAAGUAGCUUCACUGCCUUGAUCUGCAGUUUGCAAAGAGAGAGAGAGAGAGAGAGAGAGAGAGAGGAGAGUCUUCAAUGACAGAAUAUGCAACAUGGGCUAAUUGGAAAAACGUGUUAAAGCGUACCUAUACAUACAAUUCACUGCAGUUUCCAGCAGAAAUGAACACUGGUAGCAGUAAAACACCAAUAACCUUUAUUCCUUUUUACACAAAUUAUUGUUACAAGGCCAGAUUGUCAAUUAAUAAAGACUUUAUGUUUAGUUCCUUGCACAAUACUAUGUUAUAACCUCAAAAAACUAAUACAUCUUUACAUUUCAUCACAUAAUAUAUGUAUGGCUUUUCUGCCAUAGCAAAAUUGCCCUGUAGCUCACCUGGUACAGCACUGCACUUGCAAUGUGACCACAAGUCAUGAUAAAAGAGCUCAAAGUCUCGAAAAAGCAAACUAAAAUGGCAUGUAUGUUUCAGCAAAAUCAUUUUUUGUCUCAUAUUUGCUUUUGUUAAGUUCAGUGUUGUGUUGUCUUGGUACCCAAAUUUCAGUAGUCGGUACAAAUGACAGAAAAAUUUCAUGGUUUUUGAUACCAGUUUCGGUACCAUAGCAAAAACCAACCCGGUCUCAUAGGAAAGAUGUACCUGUGGGAAAAUUUCCGCAAGUAACCAAAAUAUGUACCAAUGCGUACGUAUCACUGCAGUUUCCAACAGAAACGAACACUAGAGGCAGUAAAACGGCAAGCGCUUUUGAUCGUUUUCAUACAGCUGCGAUUACAGGGUCAGAUUAUGGAUUAAUAAAGACUCGUUUUUACGUCUCCUUGCACAAUAUUAUGUUAUGACUUCAAAACGCUUUUUGACUAAAGUGCACGAUUUGUAAACUAAUAUAUUUUGGACUUUGCAUCGCUUAACCAGCUCCAUAUGUUUUUCGCUUUUCUGACAUAACAAGCUUGUUCGGUAGCUCAGCUGAUACAGAGUUGUACUUAAAGGGUUAGUUCACCCAAAAAUGAAAAUGAUGUCAUUAAUUACUCACCCUCAUGUCAUUACACACCCGUAAGACCUCAGUUCAUCUUCAGAACACAGUUUAA